GCCCGCCCCGUCACGUGCGCCCAAGUCCUCGCGGCCGGGGCAGCGCCGUUCCCUUGCUUCAAGGCUGUUGAUGGAGAAGGGGGCGGAUGACAGCCGGGACCGUGGUCAUCACCGGGGGCAUCUUGGCGACUGUGAUUCUGCUCUGCAUCAUCGCUGUUCUGUGCUACUGCCGGCUCCAGUACUACUGCUGCAAGAAGGACGAGUCGGAGGAGGACGAGGAGGAGCCGGACUUCGCCGUUCACUCGCACCUGCCCCCACUGCACUCCAACCGCAACCUGGUGCUGACCAACGGGCCGGCGCUCUACCCCACUGCCUCCACCUCCUUCAGCCAGAAGUCUCCGCAGGCCCGCGCCCUGUGCCGCAGCUGCUCCCACUGCGAGCCCCCCGCCUUCUUCCUACAGGAGCCGCCGGAGGAGGAAGAGGACGUGCUGAACGGCGGGGAGCGCGUGCUCUACAAGAGCGUGAGCCAGGAGGACGUGGAGCUGCCCGCGGGGGGCUUCGGGGGCCUGCAGGCGCUCAACCCCAACCGCCUCUCGGCCAUGCGGGAGGCCUUCGCCCGGAGCCGCAGCAUCAGCACCGACGUGUGACCCGGGCCAGCCCCCGGGACCCUGGCCUGGAAGGUCCUGAGACCAUGGGGGGAUUCCUGUGGCACACCCACCUGGCCCCAGGCCCCAAGUGGGGCUUGGCUGAGCCCUCCUCGAAUCCCUGUCCUCAGGGGAGGCCCAGGCUUGGGGAGCCCCCAGGCUCACGGCAGGGAUAAGGCUCACUGAACACAAACGUGUCCUGGGGGGAGGCACAGCUGGGGCCUGGGGCUGGAAGGACCAGGUGACCAUACAGCCAGCCGGGCGUGCACCAGGGCUCUCAGGCUCGGAGGCCACCGAUACUCCUGAUGCUUCUGUCUCAGACCCAACAACUUGGCCAUCCCAGGAGGUCUCCAUGUGUCACCCCCUCCCUGGGUCUCAGCCUUCUCACCUGCUCAAGGAAGGGAUGACCUCAGUGAGGCCCAGGGCUCUGCAGCAAGGCCCUUCCUGGCAAUUGCAGACCAAGGAUUCUGCCCCUCCACCCUGAACUCCGGCCUCUCUCUCUUCCUCUAUUUUUCCCUCUUUCUCUCUCUCCCCUACCCGUCUGUCCCUCUCACACACACACUCUCCAGGGUUCAAGUGCCAAAUAUCUGCCCAGGCUGAGACACAUUGUGCUGAGCCCCCUGCAGAUGGACAGGCUGCCCCCUAGAAGGAAGACUUUCAGGGGCAGCAGGGCCCUUGGGAUGCUCAGCCCCGACCGCUUUUUAGGGGAAGAGGGAGGCACGGGGAGAGGGAGAGGCCAUGUCGCAGCCCACCUGCCGUGGGAGAGGCAACGCGGAAACGUAUAGACCCAGUGCUCAGCCAGAAACAGGGCCAGCAAGCGGCAGUGCAUGGAGGCAGCCCGAGGCUCGUUAGGUUGGGCAGAGCCGUGGCCCAGGGCUUGAAAACCGCCGAGUUCCCCAUGAGACUUGGCUGACCCUUCCCACCCUUGGGCCUCAGUCUCCCCAUCUUGUGUGAUGAGGGGCUGGUCACAGAGAGACCCUGAGGACAGAGGUCUUCAGGCUCUGGGUCUCAACAGGAACUGAGAGCUCCAGGGCAGACAGAGCUGCAGGU